AUGGCAGCUGUGCCAUGUCAUAAACUGUCAAAUAUCAAAAAGCAAGCUAUGAAUUAUAAUAUAAUUGGAAUUGAUGAAGGACAAUUUGUAAGUUUUGUGCUGGGUUUAAUAAAUACGAGUAUUACAUAUACGUGUAAGUAUGAAAAUGUAUUACUGUUUUGCCAUAGUUUUCAGAUAUUGUUGAAUUCUGUGAAGAACUGGCAAACAAAGGAAAAACUGUAAUUGUUGCCGCACUUGAUGGUACAUUUCAACGACAG